AUGAAGUACUAUAAGCUCACAGCUCCUUACCAUCCCUCGACAAACGGUCAAGCUGAAAGAUGCGUACAGACGGUCAAGGACGCCCUGCGCGCGAUGUCAACAACCGAGAGCACUCUUCAAAGCAACAUCAACGAGUUCCUGCGACAAUAUCGGAAAGCUCCUCACGCUACCACCGGUGCAUCCCCUGCUCAGCUUUUCAUUGGGCGUGAUCUGCGCACAAGACUCAACCUUGUUCUCCCAGAUGAUUUACACACCAAGAUUUCUGAGAAACAGAAGGCCAGUUUUGAUGCAACCUACCGUAAAUUUCAUCAGGGAGACUUGGUAUAUUUUCUCUCAGAAAAUCCGCGCAUGGGCAAAUGGAUUGUUGGAGAAGUCGUGUCCUGCUUGGGAGAUUUGCACUACGAAAUUGAAUUUCACGGCAAACGGUUCAAGAGGCACAUUCAUCAGAUUCGCAGUCAUGAGCAUUCAUCAGAUCAGGGAAAACAAUGGGAGCAGCAGAACCUGAUCGUGUCGUUGGCGACAGAAUCAAUUGCGGUGCACCACGCAGGACACGUUUCUAAGGCCAAGCCCAAGCUCAGCCAGAGCAGCCACAAACACCAAGACGAACUCCAGCACUUCCGGCUACACCUGUAG